UCUCUCUCUCUGCUUCUUCAGGGUUUUAGUUUACCUGGCUGUUAAUAUAAUCUCAUUUUUUCCAAAUUUUAGGGCUUUCCAAUUAUUCUUUAUUUUCCUAAUAAAUUUAAUUGUCCAUUAUAUAAUCACCAUGAGCUCAACUUUGCGUUAAAUUAUGGUUUUUGCUCAGCACCUAUCGUUUGUACAUUAGGGCUUUUAUUAUUAUUUUUUAUUUUAAUUUUGGGUGCAUGAACGCAAGUGUUCUCUGUGUUAUUGUUGGAUUCUUAUUUCAUUAUAUGUAGACAUUUUGUUUGGUGAUGCAUAUUGGUGGCACAAAGUUUUAAUUUUUGUUUAAAAAUGAUGAAUUGUUGGGUUUGUUUGGUACAAAGUAAUGGAACCCAAUUCUGGGUUUCUAAAGUAUUCUUUAGAAAAGGAAUAAUGUUUCUUUUACCAAUAAUUCAAAGCUGGAAUUUGGGUGGAUCAUAGGCAUUUUUUUUUUUUUUUAAUAUUUUUUGAGAAUUGGAUUGUAGUUUAAUACUGUUGCCCAUGAAUAUGAGAAAAUGCAGCUAUGUAUGUGAAUUGUAAGAAAAUGAUUUUACUUUAAAAUAACCCCAAGGUUCAAAUGCUCUUUCAGUUUGAUGCGAGCAUACCAGUGUUUAUUCUUGAACUAGUUCCCUAAUAAGUAAUAACAGAUUUUGAAAUAAAGCAAUGCAAAAUUCAGCUGCUUGUUUGUUUAGAAUAAUUUUAAAUUAGUUACAGAGACAAGAGUAAGAGUCUCUCAUGUCUUUUGGUAUUUGUCUGUGUUGAGUACUGUUGAGCUAGUCUUCGUUUAAGUUAUCCAUAGUCCUUUCUUGGUCUAAUUUCCUAUGCAAUUUAGCUACUGUUAGUUAAAAAUAAGUUAUUAUGAACCUCCAAAAGUUACUUCUUAAAUCUAAGUGGUUUUAUAGAUUUGUGAGGGGCACGAUAUUGACUUUAAAUAGCAAGUUCUUUGAAGAAGAAUCUUUGUCAGUGAGUGUGAGAAUUACUACUUUGUGCCGACAAGUUCAGAAUGUUUUGUAGCAUAUAAUACUUUGUUUCUUCUGAAUAAUUGGAAACCCCAAUCUGUUAGUUGAGCUCUUUAUGCUUAGGGUUUUAUCUUUGGAAGGGAAAUAAAUUCUUUUGUAUGUUUUGUCUAUUCUGAGAAGAAGCCUUAAUAAUAUUCAGUUGAUCGACUUUGAGAUCACCUUUGAUGUGAUCGUACACAGAAAUUAUGUAGGACUCUUCCAAGGAGAACUUAAUAGAGGUGAUUAUAUCUUGUAGGCUAACAUGCCAAUCUCUAUUUUCACCUUUGCAUUUUCCCUACCCUUUUGGGGUGGUGGCCAUUUGAACUCAUCCUAGACUUCAAGCAGUUAUUUGUACCUCAUUUACAUGUGUUCUUUGAGCAGCCUUUAUGUUUGCUGCUUUUGUGAUGGUUGUUACAUUUGAUGCUUUUUUCCCUCCCUUCUUUAUAAAACCUGGGGUUUUGUCUAUGGAAUUAGUGAUGUCAAGCCGAGUAACUCGCUCAAGAAGAGAACCACCUCAGCAGGACGACCAAGCAAGAGCUAGAUGGACAACAUCUCUCACUAAGAUACUUGCAGACUUGAUGAUUAACCAAGUUCAAAAAGGGAACAGACAAAAAAAUUCUUUUAGCAAGAAAGCAUGGAGGUAUAUCUCUGCUGAAUUUUAUAAGAAAACAGGGCUGAAAUGGGACAAGGAGCAAUUGAAGAACCGAUAUGCAGUCUUGAGGAGGCAGUAUAUUACUGUGAAGUCACUUCUUGAUCAAAGUGAUUUCAGUUGGGAUGAAUUCACGGGGACUAUUAUAGCCAAGGAUGAAGCAUGGACUGAAUACAUCAGGGGACAUCCUGAUGCCGAGACUUUGAAACACUCUGGCUGCCCAAUCUACAAGGAGCUAUGCUUGAUAUUCUCAGAAUCAGCUGCCAAUGGGAAACACGAUUCGUUUGCUGAAGAUGAGGGAGGGAGUCCUUCCAUUCAAUGUGCAGAUCCCUUGAGCAUGCACCCUGAGUCCAUGUCAGAUUCUGAUGAAGUGGAUGACAUUAUAGAUGACCACAAAACUACUCAACCGACCACUCCUUGUUCAACAGCAAAUCGUAAGAGAGGUCGUAAAGGAAUGGAUGACGUAAUUGCAGGAGCUAUAAUGGAGAUGGCCGCUGCUUCAAAGCUAAGGACAGCCGCCAUGCUGCAAUGUAAUGCCCGACAUACCAUAGCCGAUUGUAUAAGAGAACUGGAUGAGAUGCAAGGUGUUGAUGAAAAGGUCUAUUUGGCUGCUCUAGAUCUAUUCAACAAGCCUAAUGCAAGGGAGAUUUUCUUGUCUCUCAAAGGUGACAAGCGCUUGAUUUGGUUGCAUAGCAAGUGUGCUGCUUAAUCCAGCACCUUUAGGCUGACAGAGGAAACAGCUUGUAUUUGGUCGGGUCAUCUGCUAUAUAUCUAGUAAAUAAUAGUAGCAUUUUUCUCCUUGUGUACAGCGACCAAGUACCAGUUGACUUGUAUAUGUUUAGUUCAGGUUUCAGUGUUAGGCAUUCUAAACCAAAAUUUAAGGAUAAUGCUAUAUUAAUUUUAGUGCAAAAUACGCUCAUGGUCUUUAUUAUA